CGGCAGCACCGCAUGGGCACAGGGGGUGGCCCUCCAUGUAAAAUAAUAAUAACCCCAGUUGAUGAGAGAAUAAUCUCCCUCAUCAGCAAGGCAUCAAUAUAUGGUGCAGAAGAUGUACCAGUGUCAUCGAUAUUUCCAUUGCUUGAGGACCACCCUGCUGGGCCAUCUCCUUCCUGUUCCUCAGUGGUGGGUUCACUGGAACCUUCAGCCACUACGUCAGCUCCUGCAACUCAGGAUAAUUAUGAAGUUGAGGAAGCUGUAACUACUCCAGUUGAUACAAAUACAGAGGCAGUGCAGGAUCCCCAUCAUCCUACUGCAGAGGACGUGCAACGGCCUGAUGAAAGAGAGUCCCGUGCGAUUAGGACUCCUAGACCAUUUGUCGUAAGGGGUUAGUUAGGCGGCACGCUGACUGCUCGGCUCGUGGACGUGGAGGAGCGUCGGCUUCUCCAGACGGAUCGUCGCAUCGACGUUGAAGAGCGUCGGCUGGCUGUCGAGACGCAACGACUCGCCGUGGAG